UUUGAACUGGCCUCUUCUCUUCAGCACAUCAUCACAAAUCUGCUGGCAACGCCAUUUGGGGGUAUUCACCCUUCCUCAUAUGGUCAGGUGCUCAGUACUAUCCAAAGCAUGUCGGGUUCCGACCCGUUCUUGUCCAACUUAAACUUCAUCGAGAAGUUAUGGGCUUCCUGGUACAUAUACAUGGACAACGAUAUCUUGGCCACCGGGCUCUUGUUUUUCUUGACCCACGAAAUCAUGUACUUCGGUAGAUGUUUGCCAUGGUUCAUUAUCGACCAGAUUCCAUUUUUCAACAGAUGGAAAAUUCAGGCAAACAAGAUCGUUUCCAACAAGGAACAGUGGGAGUGUCUCAAGGCUGUGCUCAAAUCCCAUUUAUUGGUUGAAGCUAUCCCAAUUUGGUUAUUCCACCCUAUUUGUUCUUCAUUGAAGAUAUCGAUCGAGGUCCCAUUCCCAAGCAUUUGGAUCAUGGCUGCUCAGGUGGCUUUGUUCUUUUUCUUGGAGGACACAUGGCAUUACACUUUCCACAGAAUGUUUCACUGGGGUUGGUUCUACAAGAACAUUCACAAGGUCCACCACAAGUAUGCUGCCCCAUUUGGCUUGGCUGCUGAAUACGCUCAUCCAGCUGAAGUCAUGGCUCUUGGGGUAGGUACAGUUGGAUUUCCUAUUUUGUAUGCCUACAUUGCAAAGACUAAUGCAAAUCUCAAUUUGCCAUCGUUGCAUUUAUUCACGGUCACUGUUUGGGUAUGUAUGAGAUUGUUGCAAGCUGUCGAUUCACAUUCUGGAUAUGAUUUCCCAUGGUCUUUGCACAAUUUCUUGCCCUUCUGGGCUGGUGCUGAACAUCACGAUGACCACCACCAUUACUUCAUUGGUAACUACGCCAGUUCAUUCAGAUGGUAUGAUUACUUCUUCGAUAGCGAAAGUGGCCCUGUUGCCAGAAGGGGCAGAGAAAACAAGAUGAAGAAUCAUGCUGAAAAGACUCUCAAGAAGAACUUAUAGCGAAACACAUUGUCUUUCGACAAGUAAUAUGAUAGAGAGAGUAUAGCGUUAUAACAAAUAGAUACCUAGGCAUUACAAUGUACAAUAAUUGAAGGC